AUGUGGAGUGGUGUCGUCACCGUAGUGGACAUGGUGUUGGGGCAGACCACGAGCGCUCUAAUGAGCUUCAAAGCUCGUACCAUCGAGUUUCUCCUCAUUUGGCAGUACGGAAACCAUGUUGAAGGGCUGCGUAGAAAACGAUUCCAUCAGCGACAGCAGCUUGUGAGAUGUGCAUCUGUGGCCGCUGACUCAUCUCGGGCAGCACGCUCUGAUGAAGCAGAGAUGGAUCACCGGCAGGCUGUGGCUGGUCUGAUGCUUCUUGCCCAACGCGUGCCAAACCUCAUGGGAGGUUAUUCCCGACAAACGCUGCAGUCAUUCUACGGAAAACCGUUUACUACGCUUGCCGAGGCGAAGCAGCGGAGGGAGAAAAUCACUGACAAUGUCUGGUUAUACCGCUUUAAAGCACGCUCUUCAACGACGUCAGGGUUGGCCUCAGGCGCCACGCAUGUCGGCGCGGCACCUCGGCUCGGUUUGCGCAUGACAAGUGCUCAUGAACAGUAUCCAGUAGAAGAUAUUCCACUCUUGGUGUGGCUGGUGAUGCCAUGGGAAAGUGAGAUUUCUGUUGCUUUGCGUUUCGUGCUUCGGCUGGCGCAUUCAUUGGGUUGCGACGCUCUCCUUGUAACAGUUCCGAUAGAUGCUGCUGGUGGAGCUUCAGAGACGGUGCAUGUUAUUUUUGAAAUGAUGGAGUCUGGAAGGCGCAGGACACAUGCAAGGCGUGUUCUCAUUGGAGGAAGCGACCUUGGGGCGAUGUUUGUGCUUCUCUUGUUAGAGCGUCGCUAUCCUUUGCUUCACGUGGGCGCUUAUGCGGCUGCAAACACGGAGGUGGCACGUCGCGCCUUUUGUCAGGGGGUGAUUCUCGUCGACCCUUUCGUUGGGUGGGAUACCACAGUGCCCCUGCGUCAAUUCGCAGUGGGUACCUCGCCUUCUCAUGAGACCGGUGGUGAUUUUGGGAUUCGGGGUGCACCCCAGCCUCAGGUUGCAGCCUCGCCCUCGGCGAAGGAUCGCUUCAAGCGGUUGGUGAUAAAUAGCAGUGAUGGCUCUAUCCAGCAGUGGUUUCCCUCACCAAUUACUUAUGACCCACCGCCCAUAGUUGUGCUUGUAGACAAAGAUGGAUUCUGGCUACAGGAGCAGUGCGACUUCAAUGCGCGGGUGGAGCGCCUUGGGGUUGAGGAAAAUGAAGAGCGAGUAUUUUUCCUUCCCUACACUAUUGAGACGAGGGCCGCAGGAGCGCUACUGUCGCUAAGCUGCCGGAUUGAACUCGAGCGGCUGUGGCGCACGGUGGAAAAUUUUUUCAGUGAGAUCCUAUCGCGGGAAGAGCUAAGCGCUGUCUCAACACCGUCAACCGAUGGUCGGUAUUUCUGCGGUGAAGAUGGAGGGGCUCGAUCAUACCUGUGCGAAGGGGAGGUGACGUUCCGUGCCGCCUUUGCUCCCUAA